AUGACCCCCGGCAUCAUGCCAGUUCGGCCGCUGCCUGCAGUGCAUCAGGCAUGGCCUGGCUCCCGUGACGUCAGCCGGAGACCCCAGGUGGCGGUUCCUGUGCAGGUGCUGCCACCUUCGGCGCCUCCGUCGCCGGAGCCUUCGGCUCUUUGCAUGAGGCCCAAUUUGCAGUUGCCGCAGGACCUGCUGUGCCGCAUUCAAGGGGUGGUCACCGAUAUGGAGAAGUCUGUGGCAGACGAGAGGCAACGCUCACCUGGCCCGCAGUUUGCCUGCCUGGCCUGCAACUGUGCUCUCACCUCAGACGCCUCCUACUGUGAUCGCUGCGGAAGGCGUCAGGCAGUUGCUGAGGGACCGGACCUGGUACGUAACCUCGGGGAGCGCUUGGAGAAUCUCCAGACCCAGCGAGAGGCAGCCGAGCAACGUGCCGAGCAGCUGGCGUCCUUGAGAAAGAUCGUGUCCGAAGGUCGCCAUCAGCACAUGACGCACUACCUGAGCCUUUCAGAUGGAGGCUUUGCGCUGCGGAAGCGAGAUGACGGCAGCAGCAGCAAUCGCACCGAGUCGACAGGAAGUGUGGCAAAUGAGGAUGAGCAGCUGCAGCGUGCUGUGUCGGAGGUUGAGGCCAACUUCGCCUCGGAGCUCUCCACGUUGGGCGCAUCACGUGCAGAAGGUCGAUUACAUGACAGGCUGCAGGUCUUGCUGAAGGCAGUCCUGCACAGAGAGCAACUGGCAGAGGCGCGCUUAAAGGAGCAGCGUGAAGCCACGCGCAAUGCAGAGAUGGAUCUCAAGGCGCUGGAAGAGUCCUCGGAGCGGGUCAUCGAAGACUGCCGCAAGCUGCAGGCGAGGGUCAAGGAGCUUGAGCACCACGAGACCAACAGCCAUCACCACCUGGGCCGUGCCAAUGACUUGGAAGAGCGCCUCCAGGAGCAUCAGCGGCAUUUAGAGAGCUCCCGCGCGCGGGAGGCGGCACUCAAGGAGGAGAUGCUUGGGACAGAGGAGGCUGUGCGCCGGCAUCACAUGAGCCGGAAAGCGUUGGAGCUGGAGUCCGAGGAAAUGCGUAUCAGCUUGCUGCAGAGGCAAAGUGAAGUCGAGGACCUCCGCGAGCAGCUCGCAGAAGCCAAGGAGAGCAGCUAG